AUGGAGUGUGGACUGGUUGCUACUCACUUGAAUAUCCAGGCUGGAGAGUGCAUCAAAGUGAAGGGGAAGAUCUUGCCGGAAGCCAAGGGGUUUGCUGUGAAUGUGGGGAAGGACCGCAGCAACCUGGUGCUGCACUUCAACCCACGCUUCGACAGCCACGGGGAUGUGAACGUCAUUGUGUGCAACUCCAUGGAGGAUGGGAUGUGGGGGACAGAGGAGAGGGAGACGGACUUCCCCUUCCAGCAGGGUGACAAGACUGAGAUCUGCAUCUCCUUUGACACAGCAGAGCUGACCGUGAAACUGGCUGGUGACAAGGAGAUCGUGUUCCCCAAUCGGCUGGGCCUGGAGAACAUUGAGUACCUGGCUAUGGAAGGUGACUUUGCCAUCAAAGCCAUUAAGUUUAGCUAA